AUUUUGCACUUGUUAAUUUGGGACAGCGUAGGCUACAUUCAAACUAAAAAGAACACAGAAAAUGAAAUUGAUCUUCGUAGCCGCGUUAGUCUUCGGUGUCGCGAUCGCUGCACCACCCAGCGUGCAGUCAUCAAGGAGGCGAACCAUGCCAGCACUACAGCACGAGGAAGUCCAUGAUGAAUUCGGACAAUACGCCCUGAGAUACGUCACAGCAGAGGGCACAGUUGUAUCAGAGAGAGGUCGCCUAGUACCAACUCCGGAUGGCCGAGCACACGUCCUAGUAGUCGAAGGCGAGACAUCUUACAUUGGAGACGACGGCAAAACCUACGUCACUAAAUACAGUGCCGGGCUUGACGGCUCCCGCGUCGAAGGCGCACAUAUCCCAGUCGAACCAGUCGAAGUUUAAUAAAUUAAGCAACUCCAUGUUUCUUAAGUUUUAUUUGUGAAAAGGUGUGAUGUGGGACUCGUUCACGUAGUAAUCUGUGGGUGGUGAAUUAUCAGAAUGCUUUACGAAAUCAUCCUUGGACGAUGUAUGAUUCACUAUGUAGUUCUCCAUUAAUAAAAAAGAUUGCCCUGAACUCUCAUAAUAUCGAAAACCACUUUGAAGUGAAGUACAUCCAUAGGUGCAGUACACAAAGGUCAAAUUACCG